AUGGCGCCCAUCGCAGCACUCCCAGAACUAGCCUUCUGCGCGGCCCAGCUCGAGCGUACGCGAAUCACCGACCUCCUCAUCCUGUGCUUCGGCAUCGGCAUCGGCGUCCUCUUCUUCGCGAUCGCGCACGACGUCUUCGUGUCCCACGGCGGCGUGUGCCGCGGCGCCUCCCGCCGCUGCCAGCACUCGCACGCACACCGCUCCGCGCUGCCCGUAGCGUUCUUCGUGCCCGACAGCAGCGACGCCGACUCGGAGGACAGCGAGGCCGAGGUGGCGCCCCGGAGGCCAUACACCCGCCGCGUGCGGCGCGUGCGCGCCGAGAAGAGCUAG